CGUACAAGCAUUUUUCACACUUAAUAAUUCGUUUUAUAAUCACUAUAUCAUCACAUCUCUCUGCCUCUCUUCUCUCUAUCUCUCUCUGUUCCUUCUUCUUCUUCUUCUUCUCUGUCUUUUUAACAUGGAAAAUUUUCAGGGAUUUUCCCCUAAUUCAUCGACAUUAUCAGCAUCUUCCUUGUCAUUAAACAUGACGAAUUCGCUUGGUUAUGCUGAAUUUCAAGGUAGCAAGGCUAAUGGGCUAUUGGGAUUAAUGGCGGAAAUGGAAGUUCCGGCCAGCUUGAAUGUGCACAACAUUUCUCAGAACAAAAACUUUCCUGAGAUCAACAGCUUGGCUGGGACUGAAACUGAAACUGAAGUGAAAUUAGGUAAGAAAAAGGGAGACAAAAAGAUAAGAAAGCCGAGAUAUGCUUUUCAAACAAGAAGCCAAGUUGAUAUUCUUGAUGAUGGCUAUAGAUGGAGAAAAUAUGGGCAGAAAGCUGUGAAGAAUAACAAAUUUCCAAGAAGUUACUAUCGAUGUACACACCAAGGAUGCAACGUGAAGAAACAGGUUCAAAGGUUAACCAGAGAUGAAGGAAUUGUCGUGACAACAUACGAAGGCAUGCAUUCACAUCCCAUCCAAAAAUCUAAUGACAACUUUGAGCAUAUCUUGAGUCAGAUGCAAAUUUACACGUCCUUUUAAAUCAACAAGGAGCAGAAAUAGAUAUUUUCAUACUCAUAAAUUACUUGUAAAUUAAGAAUUAUGCAUUAUAUAUAUUGAAUUAAACUUCAAAAUAAAAUGCAUGUACUGCCAAUGAGAAAAUGCCUUUGGGAUCAUUUCUUAAUUCUCAUGCACAAUGGGAAAAUGGUAGGUUUUUAUUUCUCAUCUAAAGAUUCAUAGUGAUCCACAACAGAGAGAACUUGUAUUGUAAUGACAUAUAAGAAUAAGAAAUAUGCAAUUUACAAUUAAAA